AUGGAUCCCAAACCCGUCGCUGUUGACAGCAGCUCGACCGUCAAGGCGAAUGUCAAAGACGUCCGAGAUGGAGUCGGACAGGACGACGAGACUGUUGCGCCGACGCCCGCCCAGAACCGGCGCUUGCGGAUGAAGACGGACCUUGUGGUCUUGCCAUGCGCCGUGAUCAGCAUGACGCUGGCCUUCCUCGACAAGGCAAGCUUCGCCGCAAUCUUUGGCCUGAGACAAGACACCAACCUCAAGGGCCAAGAGUAUUCCUGGCUCGGCAGCAUUUUCUACUUUGGCUACCUCGCCAUGGAGCUGCCCUCCCUCUGGCUUAUCACAAAAGUGCCCAUUGGGAAGUUUAUCGGCACCUGUCUCGUACUCUGGGGCGCCGCCAUCUGCCUCAUGUCGGCGUGUCACAACUUCGCCGGCCUUGCGACGAUCCGCGUCCUCCUGGGCAUUUUCGAGGCCGCCCUGCUUCCGUGCAUGCUGGUCCUCAACUCGACCUGGUACCGCCGCGAGGAGCAGCCUCUCCGCACUGCGCUGUGGCACAACACCUUCGCGGGCGUCUUUGGCGGUAUCCUCUCCUACGCCAUUGGGAACAUCAAGGGGUCGCUGUCGACGUGGAAGUACAUCUUCAUCAUUUACGGCGCCGUCACGAUCGUGACGGGGUUCGUUGUGCUCUUCGCUCUACCCGACUCACCGCAGACCGCGUGGUUCUUCAAUGAGGAGGAGAAGAAGCAGGUCAUCGUCCGGCUCGCCGAGAACCAGACGGGUGUCGACACCAACAAGAAGUUCGACGCGGCCCAGAUCCUCGAGGCCCUGAAAGAUCCCAAGUGUUGGUGCGUCUGGGCAUGCGGCAUCGGCUACGCCAUCGCCAAUGCCGGCAUCACCAACUUCAACCCGCUCAUCAUCGCGGGGUACGGCUUCAGCCAGACGAAGACUGUGCUCAUGGCCACACCGCAGGCAGCGGUCGCCAUGGUUGCCGGCGCAGCGCUCACGACCAUCUCCCUUUUCGUGCAGAACCUGCGGUGUCUGUUUUGGAUCCUAUCGGCGCUGGUCGGGCUCGCGGGCGCGGUGAUGGUGCACACGCUCGACGUGAACGCUCAGCGGGACGCGUCACUGGCUGGCGUGUACAUUAUGGGUUUCUAUAAUGUGCCGUGGGUGUUUAUGUUGAGUCUGAACUCGUCCAACACGGCCGGAGCAACAAAGAAGAGCUUUAUGGGCGUCACCGUUGCCGUUUGUUAUGCAAUUGGCAACAUCAUUGGGCCGCAGCUUUUUCUAUCUAGUCAGGCGCCGAGAUAUCCUCUGGGAAUCAGCGCCAUGAUGUUCGCGUUCGCGCUAAUGGCUGCGUCUGGAUUGGUGUACUACCUGCUGUGCGUGAGUGAGAACAAGCGCCGCAACGCCAAGUAUGGCGUUCCGGAAGAUAUGCUCCAGGCUGGCCUUGAGCAGGAAAAGGGGGACAACACGGACUGGGAGAACAAGGCCUUCCGAUAUACCUACUAA